GCCGCACCGAACCAACGAAAAGGAGCUCGAGGGAAACAUCGACCACCGGCAACCGGAUUAUUGAUUUCAGAAUCAUUUUUCUUCAUAGAUUGAAGAUCACGAUAAAUAUUUUGACGGAAGGAUGAGUUCUUUUUCAAUUACAAGGAAGAAAACACCUUUUCAAAAGCACCGUGAAGAAGAAGAGGCAAAGAAAAAGAGGGCUGAGGAUGAAACAGCUCGUCUUUAUGCUGAGUUUCUGGAGUCGUUUCAAGGGGAUAAUGCACCUGGAUUAAAAGCCUUUGUAAGAGGAGGAACAGUUAACCCGGAUGACAAAGUGAAGUCUGAUACAGGUGGAAAUUCCAAAGAUGUAUCUGGUUCAAAGAAGGGGAGUAGGUAUGUUCCUUCUUUCAUACCCCCUCCCAUGGCAACCAAGGGUAAAGAACACGAAAAACAGAGGGAUGAGGAGAGGCCAAAGGAAAAAGGGAAAGGGAAGCCAAGAAAUAUAGAUUAUUUUAUGGAGGAGUUGAAGCAUGAGCAAGAAAUGAGAGAAAAACGAAAUCAAGAGCGUGAACACUGGCAGGAUGGGCGUCAAAGUGCUACCUCAAAUCUAUCUAGUCGGUUUGAUGAGUUGCCUGAUGACUUUGAUCCAAGUGGGAAGCCUGGCUCUUUUGACGAUGGAGAUCCUCAGACCACUAAUCUCUAUGUUGGGAAUCUUUCACCUCAGGUAGAUGAAAAUUUUCUCCUGCGGACAUUUGGAAGAUUUGGACCCAUUGCUAGUGUGAAGAUAAUGUGGCCAAGGACAGAAGAGGAGCGCAAGCGGCAAAAGAACUGUGGUUUCGUUGCUUUUAUGAACCGUGCAGAUGGACAAGCUGCAAAAGAUGAAAUGCAAGGGGUGGUUGUUUAUGACUAUGAAUUGAACAUUGGGUGGGGUAAAUCCGUUUCCCUCCCCUCUCAAUCACUCCCUGCUCCUCCUCCAGGACAGAUGGCCAUAAGGAGUAAAGAGGGUGCUACUGUAAUCUUGUCUGGUCCUUCAGGUCCCCCUGUUACUUCUGUCCCAAGCCAGAACUCUGAGCUGGUUCUUACUCCCAAUGUGCCGGAUAUAACUGUUGGUCUACUUGAAGAUGUUCAUCUUCGCAAAGUAAUCGAUACGAUGGCUCUUUAUGUUCUUGAUGGAGGUUGUGCUUUUGAGCAAGCAAUAAUGGAAAGGGUCCGUGGAAAUCCACUUUUCAGUUUCUUGUUUGAACUUGGUUCUAAGGAGCAUACUUACUAUGUUUGGAGACUGUACUCCUUUGCUCAGGGCGAUACUUUGCAUCGGUGGCGAACUGAACCUUUCAUCAUGAUAACUGGUAGUGGGAGAUGGGUACCGCCUGCUUUGCCAACAGCCAAGAGCCCAGAGUAUGAGGAGACUGGAGCAACAUUUGCUGCUGGAAGAAGCAGGCGUGUGGAGUCCGAACGUACACUCACUGAUGCACAGAGAGAUGAAUUUGAAGACAUGCUUCGUGCCCUAACAUUAGAAAGAGUUCAAAUCAAGGAAGCAAUGGGUUUUGCAUUAGAUAAUGCUGAUGCUGCUGGAGAGAUAGUUGAAGUUUUAACCGAGUCUUUGACUCUUAAAGAAACACCGAUUCCCACUAAAGUUGCGAGACUCAUGCUUGUCUCUGACAUUCUUCACAAUAGUAGUGCUCCUGUAAAGAAUGCAUCCUCUUACCGAACCAAAUUUGAAGCAGCUCUGCCAGACAUACUUGAAAGCUUUAAUGACCUCUAUCGGGGUAUCACAGGGAGAAUCACUGCUGAGGCCCUUAAGGAACGAGUUUUGAAAGUUCUUCAAGUGUGGGCCGACUGGUUCUUGUUCUCCGAUGCAUACGUCAAUGGAUUACGUGCAACGUUUCUUAGAUCGGGUAAUUCUGGUGUUGUCCAGUUCCAUUCCAUUUCAGGUGAUGCACCAGAAACAGAAAACAAGGCUAUUUAUGAUGACACUGGUGAUGUUGGAAAGAUCAAUCCAGAUGCAGCAUUGGCAAUAGGCAAAAAUGCAGCCAUGAAAGAACUGAUGAAUCUUCCUCUUGCUGAGCUGGAAAGGCGAUGCCGACAUAAUGGGUUAUCUCUUGUGGGUGGCAGAGAAGUGAUGGUUGCACGACUGCUUUAUCUGGAAGAGUCAGAAAAGCAGAGGGGUUAUGAGCCCAAUGACAAUUUGAAAUAUUCCCAGAACCAUCCAAGUUCUGGUGGAUAUGUACGUAAUCCAAGAGAAAGUAAUGUCGAUACAGGACCUGUGGGAUUUUCAGGAAGGCAUCACCAAGUGGAGGAUGAUAUUCUGUCAGAAAGCAAAAGUUCUGCUUCUAUAGCCCCAAUGAUUCCAAUCCCACAGCCUGAGCUGAAAGCCUUCCCCAAUAAAGCGAAAACUGAUUCUGUAUUGCCUGCCUCUAAGUGGGCCAGAGAAGAUGAUGAAAGUGAUGAUGAACAAAAGAGAAGUGCUAGAGAUCUUGGAUUAGGUUAUUCUUCUUCUGGAAGCGAGAAUGCUGGUGGUGGUCAUAGUAACACAGAGGCGACGGAAGCUGCAAGCAUUCUCACAAGUUCUGAUGGUGGGCUAAGUGAAGAGAAGAGACAGAAGUUGAGGCAGAUUGAGAUUGCUUUGAUGGAAUACCGUGAAGUCCUGGAAGAGCGGGGAAUAAAAAAUAGAGAAGAAAUUGAAAAGAAAGUGGCAGCACAUCAGAAACAGCUGCAGUAUAAAUAUGGCCUAGUGGAUUCCAGUGAAGAUGCGCCAAACAACAGGACACCAUCUACAGAACGAAGGGAUAAAAGAGACGAUUCCCGUGAAUCUUCAAGAAAGCGUCACCGAAGUCAUCGUAGCGGUGAAAGCCCACCUCCAAAGUCAUCGAGUAGAGACAGGGAGAAGGAUAGAAAUUGCGAUCCACAAAGUGAGAGAGAGAAAGAAAGAGACCAUGACAGAGAUAAACGCAGAGAGAGAGACAGGGACAGCAGGAGACGAACCACCAACUGAAUCAGAAACCUCUUAAGCGUUAUCAAUUGAGUCAUGAAUCAAGUCAAUCUAUGGCGAUCCCGUAGUUCUAUUGCAAGCAGAUAGUUGAAAAUGCAAUUUCUGUGGUAGCGGUGGACAUUCUGUCAUAUGUUUUUAUAUGGGAGAAAGUAUCUAUUGGACAUAUGUGAUCUUGCUCAGGUGGUACGGUUAACGGAUGAUAUCUGCUGUAAACGACAUGGUAACUUUUUUGCGUGAUUCCACAAGUCUUAUAUUGUACGGACUAGAAAGUAUUUUGUAUUCGGUGUUUCGGAAUUUGAAGCGUGCAUAGAAAUGGCCUAAUUCAUGUCCAAUUCUUGUAGGUAUUAAUUCAAUUUUGUCAAUGUAGGCUCUCUGUUUUAGAGAUUUCUGUUGGAUAACUGAAAGAACUCUACCUGUCUUCCCUUUUUAGUCGUCA